AUGAAUUAUUAUCAUAAAAACAAGAUCCUAACAAAUAAAUCAUCAGAAGUACUUAUAUCUAAUCAAAUAACUUCCACUAAUAACAUUGACUCAUCUAUUCACAAUCCAUAUAAUAAUCAAAUCCUAACAAAAUCUGAUAAUUCUAACUCUCCUACUCUCAACAUAA